GUCUAGCAGGAAAACUCAACUGUCUUCUUCAUACCGACGGUGAGUGAUGACAUGAAAUCUCCAUCCAAUACCGAACUCUCGCCGCCGCGGUUGAAGGCAGCGGAGGAAAUCGGAAGUGAUCAUUUUCCUAUACCAAUCUUAGAUGCAGAGAGAUCAAAUCUCAUUAAAAGAAUCUCUGAAGAAGGUGGAUAUGCGUAUGUUAGCAUGGAAGCUUUAGCAGCUGGAGGAGAUUUUAGGGCAGCCGAAGCGACGCGUGAGAUGGCGUGGGAACAGCUUCAUUCUGGUCCAUGGCACUCAGUAUUACCAGUUUGGAGAGAUGCUUAUUCCAUGGCUUGUCUUCAUGUAGCAAUUUACCAUUACAGAAAUAGAGAUUUCAGGGAAGCUCUUAGGGUUUUGGAUAUGGGUUUGAUCAUGGGUGGACUACUUCUUCGCCAGGAUUUAAAUUCUGCUGUUGAGAGGGUUUCUGUCAAGUGUUCUGGUAUUGAUCAAGGCGUGAUGACUGAUGGAGGUUUUGGUUCGGAGAGGAAUUCCAAUGAGGAGGAGGUGAGGUCUCAAGUGUUGCCUAAUAAGUCACUAUCUUGCAAGAUGGUUGAGAAGAGAUCUUCUUUAUCUCUAGAGGGAUUCCUGUGUGAUUAUUUCUUAUCAGGUUCUCCAGUUAUAAUCAGUAACUCCAUGUCUCAUUGGCCUGCCAGUAAUAAAUGGAAAGAUAUGGAUUAUCUCAAAAGGGUUGCAGGCGGUCGUACAGUUCCAGUUGAGGUGGGAAAGAACUAUUUGUGUCCUGAAUGGAAGCAAGAGUUGAUCACAUUUUCUCAGUUUUUAGAUAGGAUCCAGUCCAAUCAAUGUAAUAACUCGGGUACUACAUAUCUUGCUCAACAUCCAUUGUUUGAUCAGAUACAAGAAUUGCGGGAGGAUAUUGUUGUUCCUGACUACUGCUUUUCUGGUGGUGGGGAGCUCAGAUCUCUUAAUGCUUGGUUUGGUCCAGCGGGGACAGUCACACCAUUACACCAUGAUCCGCACCAUAACAUUCUUGCUCAGGUUGUUGGCAAGAAGUAUAUAAGGCUUUAUUCUGCUUCAGUAACAGAUGAUUUGUACCCCCACUCUGAAUCCAUGCUACACAAUUCAAGUCAGAUUGAUCUGGACAAUUUCAACGAAAAAGAGUUCCCUAAGGCGCAAGAUCUGGAUUUUGUAGACUGCAUUCUAGAGGAAGGAGAAAUGCUUUAUAUACCCCCAAAAUGGUGGCACUACGUGAAAUCACUUACGCCAAGUUUCUCUGUUAGCUUUUGGUGGAGUGCACUGGAUAACGACUAACAUUUUUAAUGGCACACAACAGUUCGCUUUUACUUGCACCUUUUUUUGUUUGGCUGUUCUUUUUUUGUUGAGGUAGCCUACUAUAUUGCAUCACAGUAUACUACAUACUAUGUGCUUAUUAUGUUAAAAGCAUUUUGGACCCUUUUAGGGUCUAGAAUUGGUUCUCUAAUCGAUUUGCUUAAACUUCCCUUGUCAGCA